AUGGUCGCCUUCGACCACCGCUACUACCCGCACAUCAUCGACGAGAUCCUCUCUUACCUCGAUUUUGGAGGCUGCUUCGUGGCCAGAAACGUUUGCAAGUCAUGGCGCCAACGAACCGCCCAGCUCCUCCACGCUAAGGGCCACCGACACCUGGCGCUUGUUUGCAAAAAGGACGGUCGUGUUGUGCUCGAAGCUCGUGACAUCAACUACCCGCCUCCAUCGCUGCUCGUGCAUGUGCACCCGCGCUUCCCUGACCCGUGGGAUGAGCCAGGCACACCAGAAGGUUGGUGGGAGCCGCCCGCGAACGAUGCGGCCGUCGUGGAUGUCAUCGGAGGUCGUUAUGCGCUUAAGGAGGGCUAUUGGCUACCCCGGUUCGCACGCAAUGCCCGUAUAUUGCGCUGGUACGGCCCCCCUCCAUGCCCCAUGGAGGAUCUCAACUUGAAGCACACCCUGUUUUUCGUCCAACUGAAGCCCGGCAAGAAGGCGCCACGGAUCUUGGUCGACACCAUGCGCCAUCCGACCGUCGUCACUGUCAGCGUGGAAUGCCAUGCGGACCCGACUGCCGCUUCCGACAGUGCCCACUUUGACAUCAACAGCCGCUUGACUCAGCGUAUCUUCGUGAUCCUGAACAAACCCCCGUUGGCGAUAGAUGCCGGUGCAACCUCGACAGACUCAAAUCUACUGAAAGCCCCAGCGUCUGGAUCAAACAUUGAUUAUAUCUACGGUUUUAUCAAUCGCGCCGGCUCUGCGCAACUGGUUACCUACAUCGUCGGCCUCGAGCUGUGGCUUCCGGAGGAAUCCGCGCUUCAGGAGUUCAUCGGCAGCAUUGAGCAACAAGCACGCAAGUCGCGCGCCAUUACUGCCGAACAGUUCAGCCAGCGGUGCAGGUUUCUGACGCACGCGGAGUACGAGGCUGAGGUUGGUAAAGAGACAUACAAGCUUCAGACCAGGCGAUAA